AUGUCAGGCGCAUAUCAUUAUCGCAACCCAGACGACCACGAUUCCUUCAACGAGCUGUCGUCAGAAGAUGAUCUGGAUCUAAACGAGUUAGAUCCAGUGAGGAGCGAUAGGUUAAGUUCGACACGGGAAAAUCUGAGUGGCAUACAGGAUGGCAAAGCCAGAGGUUAUGGACAGAGCAUUGCGCUGAGCAAUCUGAGGAGUGUGCAACGAGGCCGGCGAUGGGCACGGAGGAAUCACCGAGAAGGGGCAGAAGAUGAAGAUGACCUGCAAGGUCUGCUUAACGAGCGAGAAGACAAAGGAAAUAACGGUCAGAGAGGAACCGCCGCAGGCCUGUCCGGUUUGACCAAGCGGGGGCAACAUCGUGAUCAGGAGAACCAAGGUCCACUUGCUCGAUUAGCCAGCUUCAGACAGAGUCUACAACUUCCCGAGACUUUGCGAUUGGAAUUUAAUGAGCCCGAUGGCGGCUCAAAGGCUAGUAACAAGGAGUCUCGUGAGGUUCUGGUUGGCCAACUGCAGGUCAAGAAAUAUCCUGCCAAUAUUGUCUCGAACGCCAAAUACAGCGCAUGGUCUUUCCUGCCUCGCACACUGUAUAACGAGUUUUCAUUCUUCUUGAACAUAUAUUUCCUUCUUGUGGCGCUCUCUCAAAUAAUACCAUACUUGCGCAUCGGCUACAUGUCGACCUAUGUUGCUCCCUUGGUCAUGGUAUUGACAAUAACCAUUGGGAAAGAAGCUAUUGACGACAUAGCAAGGAGAAAGAGGGAUUCUGAGGCCAACGCAGAGCCUUACACAGUGAUUUCACUUAGUGCCGAGACGGUGAAGAAGGGAAAAAGGACUGGGAUACCAAGCAGGGCUAUGUCUGAGGGACAUUUGGGACUUCAAGGCACUUGGGAAUUUCAAAAGCGGUCUAGAGAUCUCAAGGUCGGAGACAUCUUGAAGCUACAAAAGAAUCAGCGUCUUCCAGCGGACGUUGUCAUUCUCAAGAGCAUUCCCAACGACCUCGGCAUAGACCAAGCCACGAGCAGCGCUCAGCUUGAAGCGAUACCAGCGCCAGAACAAGGAGCCACCACCACCAGCGAGGCUCUACAGAAUGAUGAAAUUCGAAGACCAGAACCGAAGACUAUCCAUGAUGAACAAACAUCAGGCGAGACCUUUAUACGGACUGAUCAGCUCGAUGGUGAGACGGACUGGAAACUUCGACUUCCAUCGCCACUUACCCAACCCCUGAACGCCGUCGAUUUUCACAGACUCAAGAUCAAAGCUAGUGCGCCAGACAAGAGAGUCAAUGAGUUUGUUGGGACUAUCGAGCUAAAUUCUCGGCAAGAAAUGCGUUAUGAUCCACACCUGUCUCAGGAGGACUCGCCCACCAGUCUCGAUACCAAUGCUCACCAGACCAACCAGGCCAGCAUGCAAUCUCUACCAUUGACGAUAGACAACACGGCAUGGGCAAAUACCGUCAUCGCUUCGAACACGACAACGCUUGCCAUGGUUAUCUAUACUGGCAGACAGACUCGUUCUGCUAUGUCGACGUCACCAUCACGUUCGAAGACCGGUCUGUUAGAACUUGAGAUAAACAACUUGACGAAGAUCCUUUGUGCACUGACCUUAACCUUGUCUAUUGUACUCGUAGCCCUAGAGGGCUUUGAGCCAACAAACAAGAAGCCAUGGUAUGUGGCGAUCAUGAUAUAUCUCAUCCUCUUCUCUACUAUCAUCCCGAUCAGCUUGAGAGUCAACCUGGACAUGGCAAAGUCAGUGUAUGCAAGGUUUAUCGAGCGUGAUCAGGGAAUACCGGGCACUGUUGUACGAACAAGUACGAUACCCGAAGAUCUCGGCCGCAUUGAGUACUUGCUUUCUGACAAGACUGGAACACUGACCCGUAAUGAGAUGGAGUUGAAAAAGAUUCAUGUUGGUACUGUAUCCUAUGCAAACGAAGCUAUGGAAGAGGUAGCAUCUUAUGUCAAACAGGCCUUCUCUGGCCAAGGCCUGAAGAGCAACGUUCAGCCGAGCCGCCUUUUUACACCAUCAUCUGCUCACCUCACACAAAUAAACACGUCGUCAACCACAAGGACUCGUCGAGAAAUUGGAACUCGUGUUCGAGAUUUGAUCCUGGCCCUCGCUCUGUGCCACAACGUCACACCUACUACGGACGAGGUGCAAGGAAAGCAGAUCACGGCCUACCAAGCGUCUUCUCCCGACGAAAUAGCCAUCGUUCAGUACACAGAACAAGUUGGAUUGCGUCUUGCCCAUCGAGAUCGACAAAGUAUUGCCUUACAAUCUACCGAAUCUAAUCGUGUUGUCGUAAAAGUGAAGAUACUCGAAAUCUUCCCAUUUACCUCUGAUAGCAAGCGCAUGGGAGUCAUUGUUCAAUUCAGCACAGGCCUAGAAGACCCAGUCGAUGAGGACGAAGUCUGGUUUUACCAGAAGGGUGCUGACACGGUUAUGUCUUCCAUCGUUGCGGCGAAUGACUGGCUUGACGAAGAGACUGCAAACAUGGCUCGGGAAGGUCUUCGAACUCUCGUUGUAGGCCGCAAGCGUCUGUCUAUGCAACAAUAUCAGUCCUUCACCAGCUCCUACAAGGAAGCCUCCCUAUCACUUCACAAGCGCGAAAUCACCAUGUCCGAGGUUGUCAAAACCCAUCUCGAGAAUGAGCUGGAAUUACUCGGCGUUACGGGCGUGGAAGACAAACUACAGAAAGACGUCAAACCGUCUCUAGAACUGCUGCGCAACGCGGGUGUCAAAAUCUGGAUGCUCACCGGUGACAAAGUCGAGACAGCCCGCUGCGUAGCAGUAUCAGCCAAACUGGUCUCCCGCGGCCAACAAAUCCACACCAUCUCCAAACUCCGCACCAAAGCCCAAGCCCAAGAAUCGCUCGAUUUCAUGCGCAACAAGACCGACUCCUGUCUCCUCAUCGAUGGCGACUCCCUCUCCCUCAUGCUCACCCAUUUCCGACACCCCUUUAUCAGCCUCGCGGUCCUCCUCCCCGCCGUGAUCGCUUGCCGCUGCUCGCCCACGCAAAAAGCCGAACUCGCCAACCUCAUCCGCACCCACACCAAGAAACGACGUCAGCAUGAUCCAAGCCGCCGAUGUGGGAAUCGGAAUAGUCGGAAAAGAAGGCCGGCAAGCGUCGCUGGCCGCCGACUUCAGCGUCACGCAAUUCUGCCACCUGACCAAGCUGCUCGUCUGGCACGGGCGAAACAGCUACAAGCGGUCGGCCAAACUGGCGCAGUUCGUCAUCCACCGCGGCCUGAUCAUCUCGGUCUGCCAGACCAUGUACAACAUCGCGGGCCACUUCGACCCGAAGGGCCUCUUCAAGGACUGGCUCCUCGUCGGCUACGCGACCGUCUACACCAUGGCGCCCGUCUUCUCGCUCGUGCUGGACCGCGACGUGGACGAGCACCUGGCCAAGCUGUACCCGGAGCUGUACAAGGAGCUGAAGACGGGCCAGAGCCUCAGCUACCGCACCUUCUUCACCUGGGUCGCCAUCUCCGUCUACCAGGGCAGCAUCAUCCAGGGCCUCUCGCAGCUGCUGGUCGGCGAGGUCGACGGCACGCGCAUGCUCAGCGUCAGCUUCACCGUGCUCGUCUUCAACGAGCUCAUCAUGGUCGCUGUCGCCGUCACCACCUGGCAUCCCAUCAUGAUCGUCUGCAUCGUCGGCACCGCCGCCCUGUAUGCCGUCAGCGUGCCGUUCCUGGGCGAAUACUUCGAUCUGCGCUAUGUGGCGAGUUGGGGCUGGGUUUGGAGGGUCAGCGCCGUGGCCGCCGUCAGUCUCGUCCCCGUUUGGGGCGGGAAGGUCAUUGGCAGGACGUGGAGACCGCCGAGUUAUCGCAAGGUUAG